AUGCUGGAUUCGUACGAUGAUUCCGUCGUUGACGUGCAGGUUGACCCGCAGGAUAAGGUAAAGAUUUACCUAGCCGGGAUUGUAAGUAGCACACCCAUACAGGCUUUCGAUGGCAAUUCAAGGUGGUGUUGGAGGUUUAUUCAACAGUUCAAAUACUACAUAGAGGAUAGAGUGCAAGAUAGUGGACAGAGGAUGCUAUAUUUGAUUCAUUACUGCAGAGGUCCUGCGAAGGAAGCCGUGGCUGAAUGCCCGGGCUUGACACCGAAUGACUUACUCAUUCUCAACAACAGGGUACACGGAGUUGUGCCGGAAAGUAUGACAGAGAGGUAUACGAGAGGCUGGCAGAAAGUGAACUACUUGACUCGAGUAUUUUGGAAGCACUGGGUGAAGGAAUACAUACCUCUGCUGCAAGAGAGGUAUACGAGAGGCUGGCAGAAAGUGAACUACUUGACUCGAGUAUUUUGGAAGCACUGGGUGAAGGAAUACGUACCUCUGCUGCAAGCACGAACUAAGUGGCAGAAACCUCAAAGGAACUUCAGGAAAGGGGAUGUAGUCCUGGUGCAAUCAGGUGCGUCCUCUCGUGAACAGUGGCCCGGAGGCGUGGUUGAUGAAUGUGAAACAUCAGAUGACGGUUUAGUUAAGACCGUAGUUGUACGCACAAUGAUUGAUAGGCUUAGGAGGGAUGUGCGUAAGAUCGGUUUGAUAGAGAGUUAUGAGUAG